AAUGUCUCGCAGGUUACAGAUUACACCGCUGCCAUCAGCUGGGAAACAACCAUGUGCCUCCUGAUGGCUAUGCUCCUUUGGGUUCCAGUUGGUGGGCAAGUGGAUCCCACACAGGCAAUGAUUACCUUACAGCCUCCAUGGACAAGCAUGUUCCCAGAGGAGACCAUAACCUUAUCGUGUGAGGGGCCCCAUCUGCCUGGGGACAGCUCCACACAGUGGUUUCUCAACGGCACAGCCAUUCAGACCCUGACCCCCAGAUAUAGCAUCUCUUCUGCCAGUGCCAGUAACGCUGGUGAAUACAGGUGCCAGACAGGUCUCUCAGAGCCAAGUGACCCUAUACAGUUGGAAAUCCACAGAGAUUGGCUACUACUCCAGGUCUCUAGAAGAGUCCUCACGGAAGGAGAAUCUCUGGCCUUGAGGUGUCAUGGAUGGAAGAAUAAGCUGGUGUACAAUGUGCUUUUCUAUCAAAAUGGCAAAACCUUUCAGUUUCUUCCUUGGAAUUCUGAACUCACCAUUCUGAAAACCAACGUGAACCACAGUGGUAUCUAUCACUGCUCAGGCAUGGGAUGGCAUCGCUACACAUCAGCAGGAGUGCCUGUCACUGUCAAAGAACUAUUUACACCUCCGGUGCUGACAGCAUCCUUGGUUUCCCCCCUCCUCGAGGGGACUCUGGUCAACCUGAGCUGUGAAACAACGCUGCUCCCACAGAGGCCAGCUUUGCAGCUGUACUUCUCCUUCUACCUGGGCAACAAGACCCUGAGGGCCAGGAACACAUCCUCGGAAUACCAGAUACUAGCUGCUAGAAGAGAAGAUUCUGGAUCAUAUUGGUGUGAGGCAGCCACAGAAGAUGGAAAUAUCCUUAAGCACAGCUCUGAGUUGGAACUUCAAGUGCUUGGCCUUCAGUCACCCAUUUCUGUCUGGUUUGAAGUACUGUACUAUCCAGCCAUGGGAAUAAUAUUUGUAGUAGAUACUUUUCUCUGUGUGAUGGUACAUAAAGAGCUGCAAAGAAAGAAGAAGUGGAAUUUAGAAAUCUGUUUGGAUUCUGAUCCCUGGAAGAAGGUAACUUCUGACCUUCAAAAAGACAGAUACUUAGAAGAGCUAAAGUGUCCAGAGCAAGAAUGGCCCCAAGAAAAGACACCCCAGAAGAAGCCCCAGGAGGGGGAGCAGCAGCUUUGUGGGCAGCCCUGACCUGGACAGACCCCUG